UUGCAAUCACAGUAAAAUAAUUUAUUAAAAAACUGACAUAUAAAUAAACAAUUUAGUCCAAAGUUUCAUAUAUUUAAAUAGUAAUUACUCAUAGUUAAUUAAUUAAUUAGUUAAAUAAAUAAAAUUAUUUAUAUAAAAGUUGAAUUAUUUUUCUAUUUGUUGUUAAUUAAUUAAACAAUUAAAUGUCGUGUCUAAUAAAAGGUAUUGCUUUAAUAAAUGAUGUGAGCGAGGUCAAAAAAUUGUUAUUUGAAAAUUCGAUAUUGAAGUUUGAUCAUGUCCAAAAAAAUGAGUUACCUUUACAAGAUGCUGUGAUAUCAUUAUCAUCAGCUGGAGAUGUCUUGGGUCUAGCAUUGCAUAAAAAUAUAAUUAUUCUGACUGCUAAAUGGGAUCUACAAGAACCAUCGGAGAUUAAAAACAAAUUUCAUAUAUCAUGGACCGGAAGUUUAGUACCCGAGGCGCCGGAAUAUAUAACCUCAAUUCUGUGUCUUCCGUUGAUAUCUCUAGGAAAAUCAAACAGCGGCCCUGACUGGACUUGUACUCUGGUAGGAUUCAGCUCCGGGUACCUGCGCUGCUAUACCGAAACCGGGUGUCUUCUUCUGGAAGAACAAUUACACAACGAACCGAUUCUCAAUUUAAAAUGUCAGUCGCUUACUUCUCCGCGGCAUACUGGAGAUACCGGACUUUCAGAAGAGCUACACAUAAUUUACGAAUCAGUAGUCUGUAUCUUGCCUGGCUUUCCAUUUUUCUCAACCCUCCGCGCGUGUCGAAACCACCUGGCACGUGUCCAAGCGAACUACAGUAGUGACAAGCCGCCAUCUUUCUUAACAUUCAAAAAGCUCGGCUUUAAAGACCAAGAUGUGACCAAUGACUGCGAAGUAAUUGGGACCACUUCAGUCAAUACCUUUGAUCACUUGAUGACGGCUUCAAUUUGUGGAGGUUUUCAUGCAUCGUAUCGUUCCAGCGCGCCGCAACAUAACCUAGUUAUGGCUACCGGCAAGCGUCCAUAUGUCGGAUUUCAUUUUGCUUUAGAAGGUGGCGCCGCUCCAGUUUUAUCAGACGUAGCUCUCGCGAUGGCCAGUUCGCUAGCAAACGCGAUUGGUAAAAUCGGUACCGCCGUUCCCUGGUUCCGUGGUUCCAAGCCCAGCCUUGAGAAACCCAAAGGUCCAGUUCAGGAAGCUGCAGAAGCGAUGACUUGUCGCUUCGGGAUCAGUGACGUCAUGCGCGAAGGCGAUUCCUUGAUAGUAAGUCCCAAUAAGACGCUGUCAGUGAUAACUGACGCGAUGGGUAGAGUCACUUUGAUAAAUAAUCGCCGGGGAUUGGCUCUAAGAAUGUGGAAGGGCUACCGAGACGCCCAGUGCGGGUGGAUAGAAGUCGCUGAAGACAAGAGAUCUAAAGUCACCAACAAAAGACGCACUGCCCUGUUCCUGGUGAUUUAUGCUCCCAAGAAGGGAGUAAUUGACAUUUGGGGAAUUCAGACCGGAGGCAAGAUCACGACUUUCUCGGCCAGUAAAAACGGAAGGCUUCUGUACAUAAACUACGGUCUGCUGGGUCUCAAUGACGUGGCGCCCACUUCUCCCAACCGCCCUGCGUAUUCUUGUGUUUUUCUGGACCCACUUGGCGGCCUCAAAGAAAUUCUAGUCCCGUUUCACUUUGCUCUGAGUAACAAAAACGGCAAGCGGGCACGCGAUAUCCAUUUGUUUAAGAAGCUAAAGACUUUUAUACGCGAGCAGGAUUAUGAUGAGGACAAACUAGUAAGUGAGGUUAGCAAUAUUUGUAAAGAUUUAAAGACCAACGAAAUAAGGCAACAGGUUUUAGAAACUCUGAUGGCCAGCAAACAUGUCAUUCCAGACGUUUUGUUAAGUGUAACGGCCAUUUUCAAUGACGCUCUAGUUGACCAGGAAAUGGAAGCCACUACAAAACCUUUAGUGCAACUGUGCGCCCAAAUAAAGCACGUGGUUACUUUCUACAAGUAUUUAAAAUCUAGGAAACCACCAGCCGAAGAAGUUGCGCCCGAUGAAUCGGAAUGGGAUCUGGCGGCCAUUUUGCUGUCAUCCCCCCGCGAAAUCACGAGAAUUCUAAAACUUGUCCAGAAUUUGGAAGACACCGAGUCUAGGGCGCGCGUGACAUUCAAGGGAGGAUUCGUAGAUUUUAUUUCGUCAUUUGAUUUCGGAUGUAACCAAGUGACGCUGGCUAAGGACGUGACCGAGGAUAAGAAGAAAUUGAUAUCGGAACUGAUUUAUCAAGGCUGGAUGGAUUCGAAUGAAUCAAUAGAUGCCUGGAAAGCCGCCGCAGAAGACAGUGACAUCCAGGGCAAGACUUUUAUGGAACUGGCAUUAGUCUACUGGCUCCACAAACGACCCGUGGGAUCAAAGACUCUGAAGACUCAGCUCAAGCGAUUCACGGACUUGUUACACGGGAUUUGCAACCGGGAUGCCGAGGAAAUCUGCGUGGGAUAUAACCAAGUGUCUUCCUGGUGGAAAGACACCCGACAAAUCCUAACUGAGUCGGUGAAUCCUCUCCAAGCAUUGACAGCAGCUUUGGCUUGCCGAAGUGUCGCGAUCACACUGUCAGCGACAAGAGACCAGAGUCAGGCUAGCGAGAAGGAAGCUCUGGAUGUAAAGAACGGGAACGUCAAAGACCAGAAGCCAGAUGACCCGCAUGAUUGGGAAAACGUCAGCAAAGAUGUCUGUCAGUUCACGCUGCUAAUAGGGAACCUAGAAGACAUCGCGAUUCUCAAUCGGACCCUCCAGCGACCGCGGAUUGAUGACUCGACCAAUUUCCUGGCUUUGCCAUUCGAGAAACUGGAAGUCUCACUAGGAAACGUGAUCGCCGAAGGGCAAGGAUCCGUUUCUGAAAUAGUUGCCAAGUGGUUAUCGACAUCUGGAGUCGAUCCUUCGCGUCUCAUUGACACUAGUGACGUAGAAUUUGACUCGGGAUUUAAAGUAGAUGCUACUGAUACCCAAGAAGCUAGAGAGCAGCCUCUUACAAAAGAAGAAGCCGCCAGUUUGAUAAACCAGUCCGUGGAAAUCGGAAAUGAAGCUCGAGCUGACUCGUCAUCAUUGGCCCAGAUUUUGGACAAAAUGACGGUGCUUAAACGCCAUUUUCCUUACAGUCUGACCAGUAGUGUCCUUCUGGCCAACCUAACAUGGCAGUACGUUAUGGCCUGGAGUCGCGACGUCAGCAGACUCGAGAUUCUUGAAGCCGCUCUAUCAGUACUCAAACAAAUACCCAUGAAAUCAAUGCGCCAGGGUGUCUGUUGCCUGCUUUGGACGGUUCAUAUCAAGAAGCGGAUGGAAGCUGCCGCUAAAUUGAUGAAUAAGUUGGGAAAACUCCCGAAGGAACGAUUGUGUGUUCAGGAAGUCGGACUGUCCGACAUUCAGACCACGGUCUUUCUUCAACACUGCGUCAGCUUCUUGGACAUUUUUCUGGACGCGGAAGUGCUGGAGGAAGACAAGAAUGCGGUUUUCAAGGCUGAGGAAAUGUGGGAAGGACACGCGGGACCUCAAGCUUUCGCUGCUCUGGCCAUCACUCAGGUUCCUGGGAGCUACGACCUGAUUCUGCUGCACCUGCAGUUGGGUUUUGUCUUGCACAUGAUCGCGUUUUUUGGGAUAAAGUCUGUCAAGCCGAUGACUAAUUUGUUUGAGUCAGUUACUAGCAGAUACUUCUUCCAAGACAUCACCGAUAAGUUUAUUUUUACUUGGUACCACGAUGACAAGAGAGAUAGCAGUAGAUUAGAUUUUCUCUACCGGAUUAUUACGGCGUCCAUGGAGUCAAUUCAUCAAGAAACAACGGAAGAUGGCGUUGAUUCAAAACAAGCCGUCCAAUGGAUGAGCAAGUGCACAGUUUUAGCCUCCAUGUGGAAAAUAGACUGCGAUAAACUGAGGAUUCAUCAAAUUUGUCAGCUCUACGUCAAUGGAUUCGACCGUCUCGCAGAGGAGGUUAUGACGUCAAUUAACGACACGGAAACUCUCGCAGGAAAUCUUAUACCAAUAGCCGGGCUGCGUAUGAUGUCAUUUUUAUCUAAAUCACCAGACUUAUUGGAAGAAGUGUCGAGAAUAAGUCCCGCGUUGACUCAGUAUUUGGAAAAUUUGAAUCUACCGGGAAUCGUAAUUACAAGUUGUUCUAAUGAGAAUAAUAUCGAAUUAAUUAAAAAAAUAUCACAAUAUUUACCGGAAACACACAACGAUUAUCACUACGCGCAAUUGAUGCUUGAUGCGACGUUUAUUUACCAGAGCGGGUGAUUUUAAAAUAUAAAUUAAAAUGUUUUUAUGAAUGGGGAUGACUGUGAUAAUCAUUUGUUUUGUUUUAAAAUUUAUAUUCAAUUGGUAAGUUUUUAUUAUUUUUUAUUUAAUAGGUAAUUAUUAUUGUAAUUUUAGUUUUUAAAAAUUACAUAUAUAUAGCUUAUAUAUAUAUUUACAUAUAUAUGAGAAUUAAAGUUAAUUAAAUAAAUAAUUAAUGAGAUUGUUAAAAUUAAUUUUAUUUUUUUCACAAAAAUAGUCUAAAUCCAUUGAUUAAUUUUGAUUAUUACUCUUAAACUAUUGGUCAUACGUAAAAAUUGAAAGAUACCAAAUUUGUAGAGAAUUAAAUUUCCUACAAAAAAGUAUUCAUUGGUUUUUUAUGUAUCUUUAUUUUUUUAGAAGAUAUUGAAGAAAAAAGAAUAAAUAAAUAAAAUAAUUAUAAGUAACUUUUUGACAAAAAUUAUUUAUUUUCAACAAUUAAUUUAAAUAAUUAUGAACAAUUUACAAAAAAA